AUGUGCAGGGAAGAAUUCAAGGUGCAGAGAGACCUGAUAGGUCACCACUGGACGGUUCAUAAGAGACAUAAAUUGUAUCACUGUAGCGAGUGUGGGGAGAGCUUCAGGAGAAAGAAGUCAUUCAAAGCACAUGGGAAAAUCCACAGAAAGGAGAGAGCCCAUCCCUGUUCUGAAUGCGGGAAAAUAUUCAACCGGGCAUCUCACCUCAUUGCCCACCAGAGAAUCCACACCGGAGAGAGACCCUAUUGCUGUGCUGAGUGUGGAAAAAGAUUCUUCCAAAUAUCAGCUCUUAACAUCCACAAGAGAAUCCACUCAGGAGAGAGACCCUAUGCCUGCGCUGAGUGCGGGAAGUGCUUUAUGUAUUCGUCCACCCUUAACAGACACCAGAGAAUCCACUCAGAAAAGCAGCCCCAUCGCUGUAACCAGUGUGGGAAAGGUUUCAAAUUUACAUCAAGUCUUAAUAGACACCUGAGAAUCCACAGUGGAGAGAGACCCUUCCUGUGCCACGAGUGUGGGAAAAGAUUCAACCUGCAAGAAUAUCUCAUUAGACACCGGACAAUACACACUGGGGAACGACCUCAUCGCUGCGCUGAGUGCGGGAAAAGUUUCAGUCUCCUUCAAAGUCUCCGGAGACAUCAGAGAAUCCACAGUGAGGGGACCCCUCAACACUGCGCCGAGUGCGGGAAAACAUUCAGUUGUCUAGAAAAUCUCACUAGACACCAGAGAGUCCACACGGGGGAGAAACUCCAUCGCUGCGCUGAGUGUGGGAAAGGCUUUGUCCGUCUACAUCAUCUCACUAGCCACCAGAGAAUCCACACUGGGGAGAGACCCUAUUGCUGCACUGAGUGCGGGAAAAGAUUCACCCAGUUGUCAGGCCUCACCACCCACCUGAGAAUCCACACGGGAGAGCGACCCUAUCCCUGCACUCAGUGUGAGAAGCGCUUUGCUCACUCGUUGUCUCUUGCAAAACACCAGAGAACCCAUGGGGCAGGGACUUCUGAUCCUUGAGUUUGAUGAGGGGAAACCUCUGCCCGCUCUUACCUCACCCUUCUCUCCACAGCCAGUGCACAGCAGGGAGACUCUGCACCUGCCCUAAAAUGCUCCCACCUCCCCAUUAACCAGGUACUAGACUAGAAUUUUGUUAGAAUGGGUAUUUGUUUUCUCAGAGGUGGUUCUGGACUUACCUGGAACCCAGGAAGGAAGUGUUCCUAAACUUGUGUGUGGUAACCUGCAUAUUGCCAGUGAGGAAAGCUGCUGAGGGAAAGAGAGGGCCUCCAACCCUUUAACCAUGGAAUGUAGCAGAUUGCCUGAAAGGGGGUUAUGUGAAAAUCCUCUUAAUGUUCCAGGGAUGAUUCUGAGUGUAGUGAAACUGAAGGAGUUUGCUGUGGCUCUACGGAGCAACACUUCUGUAGAACAGAAAAAAGCUGGGUUGUUGCUUAGAGAAGCUCCUAGGGAGAAGAAGCCUCAUGGUAAUUUUUCCAAACAGUUUGCUGCAACUGAUGGGUGUAAAAGUGAUUUGGGUGAGUUAACUCACAUUGAAUCAUUAUAUAGUGAAAGCAACAGUUUGUUUGGGAGACUGGUUUCAAUUUCUAACUGCCAAAGUCUUUCUGAGGUGUCUACAUCCAUUGACCUUGCUUUAGAAAGACCCAGUGUGGAUAGCCUAGAGGAGGUUUCAGAUUAGGGUGGGGAAUUGUUAGAGAAAUGAACAGCCUUGUAGCCAAGUGGCUGGGCUUGGCCAGCAUGUUCUUUAGGCUGAUUGAGUAAACAGUCUGGGCCUCGGGGUCUGAGGAAAGAGUGGGCUACUGGUGUUUCAGAGCAGAACAGCCUUGUGACUGAACUUACAAGGAUGCAGGGGAGAGCAGGCAAACUCAUCUCUAGACACUUGGAAUUGUUUGGUAUCUCUUUAAAACACAGUCCAGUCGCUAAGCUGUUGCUGGUGGUGGAUCCGCAAGC